AUGUCGACGAUAUUGAUAACAACUAAAACCUUAUCUACACUGCACAUAUGUCUCGAAUCAAUAGGAUUACUGUUGGUGACCCUAUCAAUAAUUAUCAUUUUACAUCCCCACACAAAGCCUUUUCUCACAAAAUGGACAUUAUUUCAAUACUUUCUCGCAAGUUUUCUUAAAAGGAUUCUCGGAAUCCCAUUAAUCGCAAUUAACACAACACUAGAAAUUCCAAGAACAAUGUGUAUAAUUCAUGGACAUUUGAGUGGUCUGCUGUCCUAUCCAUUACAAAUGACACCAGCAGUGCUGGCGUUCUAUCUUUGGUUCGCUGUGGCAAGAAACAAAAAUAUGGAAAAAAUGUGGUAUUCGUGGUUUACAUCAUUUGUUUGGUCAGUGGCGGCUAUUGGGACGUUAAUUCAGGUGUUCAUUGUUUCGAAUGAUGAUGAUUGGGGUGUCGGAAUUAGAAAUCAUGUGUGUGAGUUAAAGCCUGGUGACUAUCGACUAUGGCAACUUAUUCCUACCGUGUCGUUUGCUACAGUCGGAUUAGGAUUUGCUAGUGACAUAUGGUUACGGCAGAUUGAACGAACUGUGCUUGGAUAUUGGUACUCUCUUUCUCUCACGAGUGCAUGUCUAUUAGUCACAGUACUAAACGUCUGUAAUAGUGCACCCACGGUAUACUAUUUAAUGUUUAAAAUUUCAUAUAUUUCACCAAUAUUUCUGUGGACCAUUACUCUACACGAUAUUCGUAAUAUGCGAACACGGCAACACACCGUUCCACCGAUGAUGUUGUCGUGGCCCUCUUCAAACACGUUGACCGAACAACGAUUCGCAUCGCUUGGUAAGUCAGAUAAGAUGGAAAAGGGACAUGCUGCGGAUUCUGGAGUAUUUUCAAGUUAG